AUGUCAACAGAAUCUUUGGUACCAACUUCCCUCCAUAGAGGAGAAGUUCUACUUACACCAGAAGACGCAAUGAAACUAAACCAAGAUUUGGAAAAGUCAAAUUAUAGGUUCGAGGUCAUAAUUGAAGUCUACAACCCUCCAAAAUUGGCUCCAAAGAAGUCAAAAUCAGUAGAACUACACCUCCGCUCUAAAUCCCAAUCACUUGGAGACGAAUACACACCCUCCAGAUCAACAAAAAAACGUUUUAUCACAAAACAGGAAUCCUCAUUAAGAUUGGAUUCGUUUGGAAAUAGCUCAAGCGAGUAUUUUGAAAAGAGAUCCUCAAGACCACGAAAACAGACGUUUAGCUUCACAGACGAUUUAUUCGACGAUCCCUCUAAUUUUGCAUAUUCAGAGCCCUACAAACCUGAAAAAACUAAACCAGCAAAACCCUCUUCACAAAAAUCAUCACAAAAAGAUAAUAAACCAGUGAAAAUCCUCUACAGAACGGUACCAAUCUCUACAAAGCAUCUUCCGAAGCUGCCGAAAAACACAUGGGAAUAUUCCUGUUAUCGCAUCCUCCAAAUGAUCAAGUACAUGGAUACAGAUAAGUGGUUUUGGUACCCAGUGGACCCAGUUGUGGACGGAGUACCAGACUACUUGACAGUGAUUAAACGUCCAAUGGAUUUCCAUACAAUUACCGAGAGACUACACACAAAGCACUACUCAAGCCCAUAUGGCUGGCAAACAGAUAUGCGUCAAAUAUUUUACAACGCAUUUCUUUUCUAUCCGACAGAUAAUAUCAUUUGUCAAGCAGCGAGGACACUAUCGUUGGCGCUGGAAAACAAACUGAAGUCUUCGAGGUACAUUAACCCUGACGAGUUUUAUCUGACUUUGUCAAUGGACCCAGCAAAGCUGAGGGAGGAAAUAGAAAAUUUGUAUGCACCAAGAAGUAGAAAAGCAUAUGAUGCAUGGGUUGCACCAGUCCAAACACUGGAAGAUAGAAGAUCUAAAAAGAAAUUUGGACGCCUUGGAAGACUGGAUGAAGAUAAUUACACAGACCUGGACUCCAUGGAUACAUCAGGUGAUUUUACUGACGACGACGAGUACGUGAACUUAAAUUCAAAAUAUUCUAAAAAGAAGACCGUGAGACCCGAUAGAGGACUGAGACAAGAUAGAUCAAGAACUGAGUCAGGAAUGAGAAGAAGGAAGCCAGUCAAAUUUGGAGGAACAAUGUUUGGUGCUGAAGAGAUUCCACACUAUGGGUUAGUUCCCCAACCUCCAACAAUACAGAAAAUGCUAAAUGACAAACCAUUGACACUUUCACAACAGAAGACACUACAGGCUAAUAUGUUCAGACUUGCACCAAACCAACGUAAAGCAGCCUUAGAACUAGUUCAAGAUGAACUUGGAAUCCUGGCUGACAACCAUAAAGACGAUCCACAAUUCUUUUUCGAUACAGACCUACUAUCAAUUGAAAGACAGAAACAGUUCUUUACAUAUGUAAACCAAAUGGCCAAGACUAAUAUGGAACACAUGAUCAAGAGCGAUAAGGCAAAGGUUGCAAAGCAAGCCACAGAUGUUAGAAUCAUGAGUCGGCCUGAAAAGUUCAGAACUCCAUCAGGAAUGUUCAGUGACUCUUCUAGUACAUCUUCCAUUUCUGACGUCGCCUCCAACUUGUUGAGCUCAGAUGACUUCUUUAGCUCCUCAGAUUCAGAAAAUGACAUCGUCCCCGAAAAACCUGUCAGAACAGACAAUCAAAAGGAUACUGGUUUGCCUGAAUAUCUCCCAGUGGAUGAGUUUGAAGGUGACAAGCAACACCUGAGCGAAGGCAUUAUGGGAAACCACGCGGACUUCCUAGGGAAAAUAGAAACGCCCAGUGAGAGUGACAACAUGUCAACCAGCGGCAAAAAAACCGCAUGGAUGGACUGGAAGGGUCAAGCAAUUCACCACCGAGACGUGGCUCAGCAGACUGGAGUUCCUCCGAGAAACGAGGAUGAGCAAAUCGCAGAAAGUUUUGAUGCAAGAAUCUAG